CAAUCUAGAGGCUGCCUGGACGUGGGUGGACUUAGAAGUGCACCUCUCCCCACCCGAUAUUCUGUACCGUGUAGAAGACCUCUACUCAAAGCUUAAGACGAUUUCUCUGGUGCUCAAGGACCAGCACACAGUGGGAUUGUCUCGGUCCACAGGCCCCAUGCAGGCCUCUGUGCCACCUAGCUCCAGUAACGUGGGCACCAGUCCUGCCAAUGCCAGUUUCAUGGCCAACCAGCCUCAAGCAGCCAUUAUGAAGCAAAUGCUGAUUGAGCAAAGGGCCCAGCUCCAUAUGAUGGAGCAGCAGAAGCAGCAGUUUCUAAGGGAACAACGGCAGCAGCAGCAGAUCUUGGCAGAACAGCAUUUGCAGCAGCAGCAGCAGCAGCAGCAAUCACAUCUGCCUCGACAGCACCUCCAGCAACAGCAGAGGAAUCCCUAUCCUGUGCAACAGGUCAAUCAGUUCCAAGGUUCUCCACAGGAUAUAGCAGCGGUAAGAAACCAGGCAGCUCUUCAGAAUAUGAGGACUUCCCGAAUGAUGUCCCAGAACACCAGCAUGAUAAGUAUGGGGACAGCUCAGAACACGGCAGCAAUGUCUGCUACAGGGGGCCAAUCUGAGAUGGGGAUGGCUCCCUAUAGCAGCUCAGCAAGCAGCCAGCCAGGAAUGUACAAUAUGAACACAGGAAUGAGCCAAAUGUUGCAGCAUCCAAACCAAAGUAGCAUGAGUCUGACACACAACCCAAGCCAGGGAGCAAGACAGUCCAGCUCAACUCAAGGUGUUGGCAUGGUCAGCGGCUUUGUCCCAAACAUGUUGGUUAACUCUGCCAUAUCGCAACAACACCAGCAGAUGAAAGGAGCUGUGGGACAGGUUCUGCCCAGAUCACAAGCUCCCAGACUUCAAAACAUGAUGGGGCCUGUCCCACAAGGAGCACAGAACUGGCAGGCACGAGGGUUACAAGGUAUCCCUGGAAGGACUAGCAGUGAAAUUGGACCUUUCAAUAAUGGUGCUGCUUACCCAAUGCAAUCUGGUCAGCCAAGGCUACCUAAGCAACAUUUUCCACAAAGCAUUAGUCAAUCCGUCAUGGAUGCAAGUGGAACAGUACGGACCCUCAACCCAGCAAUAGGAAGGCAAAUGUUGCAACCACUCCCUGGACAGCAAGCAACCAACAACCAAGGUCGACCAAUGGUUAUGCCUACAAUAAAUCAGGCAGUUCCCACCCUGACUGGUUUUAACCAAUCUACUGCACAACAGAUACCAGGGGGCAACUUUCCUCAGAGCAACCAAGGCCAGAUGUAUGAGAGGAAUCCCACACAGGACAUUUCUUAUAGCUAUAAUAAUGAAGGAGGUUCCUUUCCAAAUAUCACAGAGGGCACAGACCUUGUAGACUCCAUCAUCAAAGGUGGGCCAGGUGAUGAAUGGAUGCAAGAACUUGAUGCAUUGUUUGGCAAUCCAUAGCACACAGUGGGGUGUAUAGUUCAAAACCUUUGUGAGGUCAGAAAAAGGAAAGCAGGAUGUUGUUCAUCCUUGUUUCUUUGUUUUAUUUUUAAAGCUGUGCAAAGCAAGCUGAUCCAUGUUUGUGGAGGGCUUAGCUGGAAUUUAAAGCAUUGACAAGAAACCCUUGCCAAUGUCCCCACAGUGCUCUCAAACCAUAGAACCAUAGCAAAACUGCUGCAAGUGGGGAUGAGAAGUGGGGUGAGGGGCUUGCAAAAUCACUCCUCUCUGCUCAUGAAUUACAGAAAGGGCUAAACAGUCUCUAUGUGGAAAAGCACUGGAUGAUUCGUAACAGCACACUUUUCCAUGCAGUUCUACUGGCACUGCUGUAGCAUUCAAGGCAAGACGAAACAGCUUGUUAAUGGAGUGGAGCUGCUAGUUGACUGUUGAAGCCCUACACUCAUAGGUCAGAAUAGGUGCUAAACUCUGGUUGAUACAAAGUUUCUUCAUAUACAUAUGGCUAAUUUGUUAGGAAAUAAUGCUGAAGCUGCUUUAUUAUGGUGAUGACUGGAAAUGCCCACAGCUGAAUGGGUUCCUUCAGUGUGCUAUCAAAUCUCCUUUAGAAGCAGAGAAAGUGCCUACCCUAGGUAGUUCGCCAUUCCUCUGUUAUCCAUUUUUUCAAUAACCAAGUGAUUCUCAAGUUACUUUGUCCUUAAGGAUGACACAGAUACAGAACUCUAGUACAGGCUAAGGCUGUGUGGUAUUUGUAAUGCUCACUGAGGUCCACCUACCACCAAAGACAGGGAUGUGAAAAGAUACAGGCAUUAAAUGAGGAGAUGUAUGCCAUAAGAAUGUUAAAGUACUGGUGUGCACUUGUUCUUUUCCUGGAAAGGAAAGAUACAUGGGUGUAACUUGGGAUGGGUUGGGUUGUGGAGGCUGGUGACUUGAUGGUCAAAGAUGUCCAACUCAAACAGAUGCCCCAGGAAAUCAAGUAGGAAGUCAUCUAAUGAUCACCCAGAGAGGGGCCAGUCACAUACAUAAAUUGCUUGGGAACUAAAGUCAUUUCAUCUCUUGACAAGUUGGAUAUAAGUUUAUGCAUAAAAUAUUCUGUACAUGAUAAUGCUAAGCUCUUUAAGAUGAACUAGCCUGUGAGAAACAAUGCAAGAAAAGAGAAAUUUCCCAUGGAAGUAACUUCUGCUACUAAUUGUACAAAUGUCAUUUUCAAAUAGAACUAUGUAGCUAAGAACUGAAUUAAAUUUGCUUAGACCCAUACGGGUUAAGAAUGGAGUAACUGAUGACUAUGGGAACUGAAUAUAGAUCAAUCACCUAAGUGUUGAAUGCAGAUUUAUUGUUUAAUGAAACCACUUCUGUGGCAUUCUUGACCUGAUUAGAUGUUACUUGCAGGCAGAGGAUCAAACACCUCUGGAACCUUUUCUCCCUAAGCAAUCUGACUUCUAGAGGGAACAUUUUGAAGUAGAGAAGCAGCAGGGGCAAGAUGUAUUUUGCCCUUUCCACAGCUACCUGUUCACUAACUUAAUCUUCAUGCUACUCCUAUUCAGCACUUCCCAAUAGAGGGUUUCAAAUGCAAGAGCAAAUACACAUUUGGGACUCCAUGGAAGGAAAACAGUUUGGUGGAGGCAAUUUUUAAAAAGAGAAGAAGCAGGCUUUAUCACCCCCUCUACUCACUUACAAGUAACUCAAAACCACAUUCUCCAAAAACACUUUUUUCUGGAAAAUGGGUGGGACAAGCAGAGUCCAGUUCCACCUUUCAAACCUUUUAUCAGGACUGGAGCACAACGGUUUAACUAGCGUGGUUUUUAAAUUCCCACAUACAGCUCAACACACAUCCCAUUGAAAUUGGUGGGAGAAAUUUUAUUGCCUUUUCUGUAGCGAAGCGGAGAACCGCUUCAUAAAACUUCCUGCUUUCACUGAACUUUCACUGCAAUGGGGAAAGAAUAGAGUGCUUGACAUGUGUUGAAGUAGUUCUUUGCUAACGAAGUAUAUGCCAGUCAAGCCGCUUAGCACCAGUGGAGUGCUGUGUCCCAACAAUCCAAAGAAGGUAUUAGUCCACAAACAAGGUAUCAUUACAGCAUGUUUUAGAGGGCAAAGAUGACAAAGAAAUAGGCUUUACGUAUGUUGCAGAAGUCAGCUGAAGAUGGGAGACACAGGCACACAGAAGUAAAGGACAGGAAACAGGCAUUUGUUUUCAUCACGUCUUUCACAGUAAGUAUAACUCUUUCCUGGAAAGGGUUACAAUAAACAAUCAAGUGAUCAUAUGUCUGCUUACUCAGAAAUAAGCAUUAUUGUAUUCAGUGGGGCUUUCUUCCAGAAAAGUGUGCAUAGGAUUGCAACAUUAAAGUGUUAGGGCUCUGAACCGCACAGAAUAUAAUGUAUUCAUCACUAUCAAAAAAACACAGACAUUAGUGUUUGGUUUGGCAAUGAAGCCUCAAAAUCCCUUAUAUUUGUAAAGCUUCCUCCAAAUAUUUUAAACUGGGACCAAGUAAUUACAAAUAGAUAAAUCAAAAUGUACUAUGGGGAAGGGUUUUUUUUACACUAUGGUGCUGAUGUAUAUGAAAUGUUUAACAAAAGAAUUAUUUGUAAAUAUGUUUUUACAAUCCUGCAGAUAUAA